AUGGUCCCAGAGAAGUUCCAGCACAUCCUUCACGUCCUCAAUACCAACAUUGAUGAGCAGAGGAAGACUGCCUUCACCAUCACCACCAUCAAGGGAGUGGGCUGGCACUAUGCCCACAUGGUGCUGAAGAAGGCUAACAUUGACCUGACCAAGAGGGCUGGCAAACUCACAGAGGAUGAGGGGGAGCACAUGAUCACCAUCAUGCAGAACCCCCAGCAGUACAAGAUUCCCCAACUGGUUCCUCAACAACAGAAGGACGUCAAGAAUGGGAAGUAUUUAUUUAUUUAUAGCAUUUACAGCAUUUCUAUGCCACCUUUCCCAGCCCAGAGUCAACUCAAGGCGGCUUACAACUGGCACAAUUCAAUGCCAAAAUAG